GCUGUGGAGACACCUUUGUAGAGGCUGUGGCUCUACUGAGGAACAGAAUUACUGUUUUUUGUCUCUGGAACGGUGACAGGUCAGACGUUCUCUCCUGCAGUUGUGGACAGGCACAGACGGAGACCAUGGCUGUAAUGGAGGGGUUUCUUCUCCAGGCCCCCGCUCCUGUGACUCUUCUGGGGGCUGUGCUGGUGCUGCUGUUGCUUUAUCUGCUCUCACCUUCUCCCGACUCGGCGAGGGAGCCCCCAGGCCCCCGGCCCCUGCCUCUCCUGGGGAACCUGCUUCUUCUGGAUCUGAAAAACCUGCAUGUAUCUCUCUGUGAGCUAUCAGAGAAACAUGGCAGCGUGUUCACUGUGCACUUUGGCCCAAAGAAAGUGGUUGUGCUGGCAGGAUAUAAGACCGUCAAACAAGCACUUGUCGACUACGCUGAGCAGUUUGGGGAGCGGGAUGUCACCCCCAUCUUCCAUGAUGUACUCCAGGGACACGGUGUUCUGUUUGCCAAUGGAGACUCAUGGAGAGAGAUGAGACGCUUCGCCCUCUCCACGCUGCGCGACUUUGGCAUGGGUAAGAGAGGGUGUGAGGAGAAGAUCAUCCAGGAGGUCCACCACCUGGCGGAGGUGUUCGAGAAGUUCAAGGGUGAACCUUUCAACACAGCCCAGCCAGUGAAUUAUGCUGUCUCCAACAUCAUCUCCUCCAUUGUCUAUGGAAGCCGCUUUGAAUAUGCUGACCCAGUCUUUCAAAAAAUGGUCGACAGGGCCAGCGAGAACAUCCGGCUUGCUGGCUCUGCAGAAAUACAGCUGUUCAACCUGUUUCCACGGCUGGGCCGCUGUCUGGGGCAGUGGUUAGGGAAUCGUGCCUUGCUGCUGAAGAAUUCCUACUCCAACAUUGAGGAAGCAAAAGGGCUGGUGAAGAGACUGCAGGAGUCGCUGAACCCUCAGCAGUGCAGGUGCUUUGUGGACUGCUUCCUCAUUCGACAGCAGGAGGAGGCAGGGCAGAAGGGCUCCCACUUUCACCAGAAUAACCUGAUCAUGACUGUCGGCAACCUGUUUGCAGCCGGGACUGACACCACUGGAACCACACUGCGCUGGGGGCUGCUUCUCAUGGCCAAGUACCCCCACAUACAGGACCGCGUCCAGGAAGAGAUGAGCCGGGUCAUCGGGGACAGGCAGCCGAGAACCGAGGACCGGAGGAGCCUGCCCUACACCAACGCCGUGAUCCACGAGAUCCAGAGACUGGCCAACAUUGUUCCCCUGAGUCUCCCCCAUGUCACCAGCCGUGAUGUCACCUUCCAGGGAUUCUUCAUUAAGAAGGGAACUACAGUGAUCCCGCUGUUGACUUCAGUGCUUCAGGAUGAGAGUGAAUGGAAAAACCCCUACAGCUUUAACCCUGAUCACUUCCUGGAUGAGGAGGGCCACUUCAUCAAGAGAGACGCCUUCCUGCCCUUCUCUGCAGGGCGGAGGGUGUGUCUGGGAGAGAGUCUGGCCAGAAUGGAGCUCUUCCUCUUCUUCACCUCCCUGCUGCAGAGGUUCCGCUUCUCUGUUCCCCCUGGGGUGUCUGAGACAGAGCUGGACCUUACCCCAAUUGUUGGGGUAACCCUCAACCCCUCCCCCCAUCGACUCUGUGCCAUAAGCCGGGCGUGAACGCCACUCCUGCGUGUCCUGUGUAAACACCGCAACAAUGCCUGACAUGUUCUGCAUAUACCUGCAUCUUUCAGUGUCUGUUUUCAAGCAGUGACCAUAGAGUAUGUGUGCAUGCUAUGAUACAAUGACGCAUAGGCUUCUGCGCUAACCUUUUACUGGUCCCUCCACUGGCUCCCGGUCGAAGCCAGGAUCCGCUUCUAAACCCUGACGCUCACCUUCUCUGCUGCAAAAAAGACUGCCCCGACCUACCUCAUCCUAACCUACGCAUCCGCUCGACAACUUCGCUCUGCCACAUCCAGACGCCUCGUUCCUUCCACCAACAGAACGAAAAGGCCACGAUCCUCGCAAGGUCGCAAGAUGACAAGAUGGGGUUCAGGUGUGCAGGUAGGUGGGUGGAGCCAGUCAGGUGACCAGGUGGGC